GGUUUUUUUUCUUGUCUAUGUCCCCAUUGGUCAGCCUGUGUUGACCUAUAAGAACCGCCUUGGACCGAUCCUGAUGGAUUGAUGAGUUUUGGUCUAAUACGAUGUGUCCUUCAACCUCUUCGUGGGCGUUGGAGGUGUGAUUGCCAGCGAAGGAUUUGUAGAGAGGCGGUUAGGGUGACGGUGCGCGGCUGGGAACAUGCGGUUUGAGAGGAGAUUCGUUGCUGGGCGUUCAGCUGCUGGGAGGUCGACCAACACCCGCUCCUCCGAUGGAAACCGCCGCAGCGCCAGCGCCACGCGUCCAGGCGCUCGCCGACGCCGGCGUACCCCGCCUGCCGGCGCAGUACAUCCAGCCACCCGACCUCCGCGCGGGCCCCUCCCUCUCGACCUCCCUGACUCCCUCUCGGCCCCGUCGUGGACUGCUCGGACGCCGCUGCUACCACAACCGGCGCGGUCGGCCGCGCGUGCGCCGAGUGGGGCGCCUUUCACGUCGUCAACCACGGGUUCCCGCCGGGGCUGCUCGACGCCAUGCGGGCCGUCGGGUUGGCCUUCUUCUGCGCGCCCAUGGCGGAGAAGCUCCUGUUCCGCGAACUUGCCCGGUGGCCCGACUUCGUCCCCGGAUACAGAAAUCUGGCUACUGUUUGCUGCCAACUAUUGUGGUAACUGGUACACAUAAAGCCACAUAAUGUAUCGAGUUAUUAUGUUUAGAUAGCAUGGAUGCCUGUGAACUUUGGUUGAAAAGCUAAAUUCUUUGUGUUGCCCAUGCAAUCCUCUCGAACUUACAAGGACCGGGUUUUGCAUUGAAGGUGAGCAUACGAACAUCCUUAGUAGUAAUAUAAAUUAAGUAGAUGGUUUAGUAUUUCAGUAUUUCAUGGUUCUCUAUCUUAUAAAGGACUUGUGUAUGUGUGGCC